GCAGCUUUAUUUCGGCUCAAGUUUCAUUUUCUUUCGUCUAGGAAAUUUUUAUAGCCUGAAAUUUCAAUGGAACUGAAAUAGGGAGAGGAGGACAACCCAAAUUUCUGAAUGAUCCCACUGCUUCUGGUGUACGAAGAUAUGAAGAUUUGCCAAUUGAUGAACACAGAGGAGAAACAGAUUUACCUUCUUUCGAUUUAACCACCUUGGUAGCAGCCACAGAAAACUUCUCUUAUGCUAACAUGCUUGGCCAUGGCGGCUUCGGCAUGGUAUAUAAGGGAUGUCUAGCUGAUGGACAAGAAAUAGCUGUUAAAAGAUUAUCGAGAAAUUCAGGACAAGGCAUAGACGAAUUCAAGAACGAAGUAAUGCUUAUUGCAAAGCUUCAGCAUAGAAAUCUUGUGAGGCUUUUGGGUUGCUGCAUACAUAAAGAAGAGAUGAUGCUAAUCUAUGAAUACAUGCCAAAUCGUAGCUUCGACUUAUGCAUUUUUGAUAAAAACGGAAAUUCGUCGUUAGAUUGGAGAAAAAGGUUUCAAAUUAUCAUUGGGAUUGCUCGAGGCGUCCUAUAUCUUCAUCAAGAUUCGAGACUAAAAAUAAUCCACAGGGAUUUGAAAGCGGGCAAUGUUUUACUCGAUGGUUCAAUGAACCCAAAAAUAUCAAAUUUUGGCAUAGCAAGAAUGUUCGGGGAUGACCAAAUUGAAGCAAACACGAACAAAGUUGUUGGCACCUAAUAUGGGGCUUGUGGACAAAAGGAAAAGUCUUGGACAUAAUUGAUUCAUCAUUGAACCAGUCGUAUUCGACUCCUGAAGUUAUGAGAUGCAUUCAGAUUGGGCUCUUGUGCGUUCAAGAAUACCCAACAGACCGGCCAACCA